CCCUGAAGUUGCAGUUUCACAUAUUUUCAGGUUAUUUAUUUAAAAAAUUCACAGUAAAGCUAUAGUGGAAGGCCUAUUACGAAACGUAGGCUACGCAAUGCGAUAGCUAGUCGAGUCAGUGAGAGGUGUGUAACAGGGCGUGUCAAGUAAUAAACUUAUGGGGAGUAAAGUGUAAAUGACAGUUCAGUCUCUGUGUCAGUACGGUGGUAAGAGGACUCCUGAAAGCUAAAAUAACGUGUACAACACAUCGACUCUAAGUCAACCAUGGAAUCACUGGCAGCUGCAAAUUCAAACUUCUCUCUUGAACUUUUCAAGAAGAUCACAGAGACAAACAAGACGGGCAAUGUGUUCUACUCACCACUCAGCAUCUCUUCUGCGCUGGCCAUGGUCUGUCUCGGAGCCAAGGGCAAUACUGAAGUCCAAAUGCAUGAGUCCCUCAACCUGCACAAAGCAGAUGGUGAUUUCCAUGUUGGCUUCAACAAGCUCUUCGCUGAACUCAACAAAGAAGGAGCCCCAUAUGCGCUGAGUCUGGCCAAUCGCCUGUAUGGAGAAAAGACCUACAAGUUUGUUGAGAAAUUCCUUGCUGACACCAAGACACACUAUCUUGCUGAGUUGGAGGCUGUUGACUUCCGCACAAAUGCAGAGGCGGCACGACUGAACAUCAACAAAUGGGUGGAGGAAAAGACACAAGAGAAAAUCAAGGACCUGUUGGCUGAAGGGGUUGUGGAUGAUGAAACAAGACUUGUGUUGGUAAACGCCAUCUACUUCAAAGGCAACUGGGAGAAGCAGUUCAACAGUGCUCGCACCAGUGAAGUUAAAUUCAAGCUCAAUAAGAAUGAAAGUAAGCCUGUGCAAAUGAUGCAUCAGAAGGCAAAAUUCCCCUUUACCUAUGUCCCCGAUGUCGACUGCCAGAUUCUGGAACUCCCCUAUGUGGGCAAAGACAUGAGCAUGCUCGUUAUGCUCCCAAAUGAAACGGAGGACAACGCCACUGGACUGGAGAAGCUGGAGCAGAUGCUCACAUAUGAGAACUUUCUGGAGUGGACCAGGCCUGACAUGAUGGACUAUGUGGAGGUCCAGGUGGGUCUCCCCAGGUUCAAGCUGGAAGAGACAUAUGAUCUCAAGGAGAUCCUGGUCAGCAUGGGCAUGGUGGAUGCCUUUGACCACCAGAAGUGUGACUUCUCCGGCAUGUCGCCCUGCGACGAACUGGUUCUGUCCAAGGUCGUGCAUAAGUCCUUUGUGGAAGUGAACGAGGAGGGCACUGAGGCAGCCGCAGCUACAGCUGCCGUCAUGAUGAUGCGCUGUGCCAUGAUGCCACCAGAGAGGUUCAUGGCGGACCACCCCUUCCUCUUCUUCAUCCGACACAACCCCACACAGAGCAUCCUCUUCUAUGGCCGCUACAGCUCCCCUUAAGCUGAGGACAAUCUCCAUCUCUUGGCCAAAGACCAUGCCUUGGGUGUAUUCAUACAACCAGUGAGAAUUGUCUGUAUAGAUUAUUCUACAAAAUGGGUUUAAGAGCCUGACUGCAAAGCAUUGAGGAAGUUGUCUGUUGUAUCAUACUAGAAAAAUGAAGUGAAAUGAAAAACAAGUUUUAUGUAGAAAGAUGAUGAAGCCUUAUACAUUGACUGGCUACCUGUAACCUAAAGCCUUACUGCAAUUGUAUUCUCACUGUAAGGCAGUUGUAAUUGGACCACUUUUUGCAGCUAAAUAAAUCAUUUAAUCUGUAUGGUUA